AUGCCUGGGCUCCUUGCGCGGGUGCCUCUGGCUGCGCUGCUUUUACUAUGGCUGUGUCUAGCCCUGCAAUCCGACGCCGUGACCAAGAGAACGGCCAACAUGUAUGCCCAUGCUUACGAGCGAAUCUGGCUAUGGGAGAGAUACCAAAUGGCCAUCGCGAUGCAAACAAAGGACAAGAGCGGAAAACUCAUUGAGCAAAGGGAGAUCUUGCCGAUGAACCACGUUAGAGGAGGGGACGACGGAAUCAAGAACAGGCACUGGAUCCAGGCCACCAAUGUCUACACGGAGAACGAACCUCUGCAUUACAACGAGUUUAUGCUGCGCGUGGGCGGCGUUUCCAUCAACGACUCCCCUAACCAUAUACCCCCGGACAUCACGGCCCCGUCUGGAGUAGAUGACCUUGAGCGCGCCGCAGAGGAACUCGUUGAUAACCGCCUAAGCGAUACGAUGGAGAUCGCAAAGAUCAAUGACAAGUUCGGCCAGACCGGUGGUGGGGGGAAGGUGAACAAGGCAAAGAAAGGACAGGCCGGCAAGGGGGAAAGCAGGAGACCGACCAAGGAAGAGCAGGAAGAGGAGGCUAGAAACAGAGAGGAUGCACGAUAUCAGCGCUUCAUCAAGGCACUCGACGACCAGCUGAAGAAGUGGCGCACAACAGACGACUACUCCAAGAUCAAGGAACGGGACACGCUCAUGAAGACCGUUACUGACAGGGUUGUCAAACUGCGGAUUGAGGACGGCCAGCGGUUUAUGCUCAACUACUUCACCGGGAAAAAUAACCUUGGUCUGGACGGUAAGGUUGAGACAGACAAGAAUGUAAAAUCGGCUGUCCCUGGCGGUCCAGAGUAUGAGCGCCUCGACCUUGUGAAGACCUGGGAGGAACAUAAGGACGACGUCAAGGCAGCAAUCAGCAAGUCGACCGGCGGCAAGGUGGUAAUCAAAACGAAAAAGGAUUUCGUGAAAUGGGUAACAGAAUUCGGCGACCCAGCAGGGACCUUUGCAAAAGCAAAUGCCGCCAACCCUUCGCAUUUCCAGACCAUCGAGAUGUGGAAGUCCAUUGAUGAGAACAACCCUUGCUAG